AUAUUGAAGAUGACAAAUUAAAUAAAAGAACUAACCUUGAGAUUUCCAAAAAUCGUGAGCCUGAUGGUAACGUCUAUACGAAAGUGGAUUAUAGUGAAAAUGAUGAUGAUGGGAAGACAAAUUUUGAUGAAAAGAAUGAAAGGAAAAUAUAUAACAUCGAAGAACCUGUUAGUGAUAUGGAAAUAUUAAUUGGAAAUAAUGAUAAAAACAAAGAUAAGGAUAAAAAAGUGAUUAGAAAAAAAGAUCGAUUUGAAGAAUCUAUAGUAGAAAUCAAGAAUAGUAUGAAUAGAGGCGUUGAAAAUGAUACUUACUAA